AUGAAGAGGUGGUGUCCUGUCCUAAACACUGCCAAUGGAAUCGCUGUCGGUGAAGCAACCCUGCCAAUUUGGAGAGAUUAUUUCAACAUCCUGCUGGAACUGGCAAGCACGUCUGUCUCUAGACGCAAAUAUGUCCAACAACCGGUGUAUGCCACUGCGGUCAGCGAGGAACCACCGGCUGAGUCAGAGAUUCUAGUCUGUAUCCGAAAAAUGAAGAAUGGACGUCUAGGAAUUAGGAAUAUGGUACAGAUCCUGAAAGCUUUUUCUCCGUCUGAGUGA